CCUAACAAAGAAUUUGACAAAUAUCAUCAUAUUAUUGCUUGAGUAAUUAAGUAUUCAAGUGUUUAUUCGUUUAUUAUUGAGGAGGGACUGAUUUUGCAAUGAGUGACAGUGAUGAUGAUUUUGUAACUUAUGGAACAGCACUUGAUCCUUUGGACGAAGACAGUUUGCCAAGAAAGAAGCCCAUCACCGUUGAAGAACAAUUUGCGUACGAUGCACAAGGCAGAAGAAGGUUCCAUGGAGCAUUCACUGGUGGUUUCUCGGCUGGUUACUUUAACACAGUUGGGACAAGAGAUGGCUGGAAGCCACAGCAGUUCAAGUCUACAAGAAGCAGCAAAGCUGACAGUCUUUCUCAGAAACCUGAAGACUUUAUGGACGAGGAGGACGUUGGGGAGUUUGGUAUUGCUCCAACAGCAAUUAGAGCGACUCAAGGAUACAGUGAUCAGAGUAAUAGGGGAACUAAGAGGGAAAGAGCAAAGCACGAUAGUACUGGGCCUAUCCCUGGUACACCAGUUUUGCAUGAACUAUUGAAGCCUGCCAAGGAAAGAGUUGGAGUAAUGUUACUAAAGAAGAUGGGAUGGAGGCCUGGUCAAGGAGUGGGACCACGUCUCACUAAAAAAGAGAAAAAAAAGGUGCAAAAGCAGAGAGAAAAGAUUAAGAUGUAUGGCUGCUCUUUGCCUAAUCAGCAGGAAAGAGACAGUGUAAGCGACUCGGGAGGAUCAGACGAUGAGUUUACAAACAUCACUUUUGCACCUGAUGAUUAUGAGCCCUUUAGGUGUAAUCCAAAGGAUAACUAUUUUGGAAUUGGCUACAGUGGUCUAGACCGCCGACCGAUUCUCGGUGGGCACAUAAACUUAUUUGACGCCCCAGCUUUUAGUGUACAAGACAAGAAUAAAAAGCUCUCUAUCAGAGGCCAAGCUUUUGGUGUGGGAGCCUUUGAAGCCGAGGACGAAGAUAUUUAUGCUAAAGACGAUAUGUCUCGAUAUGAUUUCGCUCUUGGUCCCGAGCGUAAGUCCAAGAGCCGAUGGUCCAAAGAGGAAAAGCCAAAGAACUGCGUUGAGGGUUUUGUUCCAGCAAAAGAACAGUUUCCACAGAAAAAAGUCUUCCCAGCUCCUGCGUUACCCAAAGAUUUUCAGCCUGUACACAGACUGAAAACGAGUCGAUUCGAACCUUUACCAGAAGAUCCAAAAGACAGGCACAAGAGGACUGAAAUGAAUGCAGAAAAGCGAGCUGCAAUUAUAAAUGACGCCCUUUCCAGCACCACUGAGUCAAAGACUGCACAAUCCAAAACUCCCAGUGCUGCUGCUAAUAUUAUCUCUCGUUCUCUAAAUCUACAUGGCAGAGAACAAACUGAAGAAAGAGCCAGAUUAGAAAAUGCUCGGCCAAAAAAGACAGCCAUGUCGUGGCUCGACAAACUCUCUUCUACAGCUUUUGUCAGGGGCGAGACUUUAGGUAAUGAUCCCAAAAUCCAAGGAAACUUGCAGAGCUCUGACGCGUUUAAUGCAGAGGCUGAUAAUUCUGGAGAAAAACCAGUAGAGAUAGAAACAGCAGCAAAGAGCUUGUCAAGACCGUCGUUCGCUGAUUUGGACAAGCAGCGUCGCUUUGAACAGUAUCUGAAAUUUUCGGAGAGCGAGCGCAAGCUCAAGUUUCCUAGCGUUCAGCCACUUUCGAUGAACGAUUGGGAGCGCGAUCGCGAAACCGAGGAUUUUGAGAAAGCAGCAAAGAUUUGCGAAAAGUUGGACAACGAUGCUGUUAAGGAGAAGGACAGGGCGCAAGAAAAGAAAGAGAAAAAAAUAGAUCUUGAGAGUUUGACCGGGGACGAGAAAAUGAUGGCCGCUGCCAAGAUGAAGAUUUUUGGUAAACUAACCAGAGUAGAUGUAGAAUGGAGGCCUGGUAAGCUGGUUUGCGUUAGAUUCAAUAUCGCUGAACCCGAUAUUGGUGUUGCGAUUGAUGAAAAGAAGAAAAAAAAAUUCUCUAUUUUCGAUAAUAUGUCCUGGAAUGAAAUGUCAAAGUUUGAAACAGGCCAAAAGCUGGAGUAUGAUGUGCCCGGAACAGUUGCUGCAUCCAGUCGUUCCUUCAACGAAUCCCGAACAAGAGUUGAAAAUACCGAUACCCGAGAAAUUAAAGACAAGCCGAAAUCUGAAAAGGAUAAAUCCUUUGAAGAAACGUACGACAAAAUAUUUGGCAAAAGCUCAGGAUCGAGCAGUAAACCAGAUGAUCAGAACUCUGCGGUAGAAAACGAGUCUGGCUCAAAAGAACAGGAAGAACCUUCGGCACGAAUAAACUCGCAAGAGAAAAAAGACUUGUUCAAGUCGAUAUUUCUGGAUAGUGACGAGUCAGAGACCGAAGCAGAGGAGACGCCUCAACAACCUAAUAUCGACGAUGAAAAGGUAAAGGCUGCUCUGAUAGGUACUAGUGCAGCCGAGCAAAAUGCCCAACGUAACACGUCGCCACCACGAGGAGUCUUUGCGAAACUAGACCUCGAUAGUUUACUCAAACGUCCAGUCAAACCGGAUGAUCCGCAGGCAAAGUCAAAAAAUAAGACCAAAGAAGAACAAUCGGAUGAUAAAAGCAAUUCUUCGACUUCCAAAGAAAGCGAACACGAACACGAAGCCAAUAUAAAAGAGGACAGCGUGCCUCCUGAUGUGUAUGGGCCGGCACUUCCCCAAUCGAUUCUAGAAACGACGGAUGUUUCGAUUUCGAGGCCGAUCUUUACCGGUUCCAGAAAAGUUGUACAGUCUGAGAGCGCCGUUUGGGUGGAAAAAUCUGUCAAGAAAGAGAAGAAAUCUAAAAAAGAAAAAAAGAAGCACAAGCACAAGGAGCGAUCAAGGAGUAAAAGCAGGAAAAAGUCGAAAAAGGAGAAGAGGCACUAGUGCAGCUCGGAAGGAAUUAAUUUGUUGUAAAAUACGAGUAACCUUUGGGUAUUGUAAUAUAUGAUUGUUAUGUACAGUAUUUA